AUGUCACGGCCUUACGCGUUGUCGGUGAACGUAGUUGUUGCCGUUGCGAUAAUGAUGAUGACAACGAUCGAUAGCGUAUCUUUGGAAGAUGCGGGUCGCAAUUCCGGUCAGAUCGAUAGACCGGUUGCUCUUCGAAUGAAGAAUGACAUCGUCGUUCCUCGAAAUCCAAACACGCCGUUUGCCGAAUCGUCGCGUCUCUUCUUCUUGCAUUGGCUCAAGUUCAAACCGAAACUUCGUUAUCAAAAACUCGACAAAAUCAGCAGCACUACAACGCAGCGAACCAGAGACUGCAUCUGCGUGCCGUUCUAUCUGUGCGACAACAAUCAGACUAUCAUCGACGACGGCGCGGGAAUAAUCGACGUGCGCAUUGGACAAUGUGCGGGAAUCUUAGAAAUCUGUUGUUAUCCGCGAAACGCCACGGGAUCUCCGAUCGUGACACCCACGACUCUCCCUACAGUACUUCCGACGACAGCAACGACAACAACAACAACAACAACAGUAGCACCGACCACACUUCCACCGGUAGUUUUUCCAACCGGAUCGACAAGUCCUCCCGUCACCGGGCCAAAUCUGAACUGCAUCUGCGUGGAUAUAGCGCUGUGCGAUCCCAACGGGAUAGUUUCCAUUUCCGGCGAGGGUAUAAUAGAUCCGCGGCAACAAUACGGUUUGUGUCCCGGCGCGAAUCAGGUCUGUUGCAGGAUUCUGAUAAUCACGCCGCAGCCCACCACAACAACAACAACGACGACGACGACGACAACGCCAGCACCGACAACGACGACCCCCGCACCGACUACGACGACCCCCGCACCGACUACGACGACGCCCGCACCGACUACGAUGACACCAACAACGACCACGACGACAAUGGCACCGAUGACGGUACCGCCUGGACAGACACAACUAUGUUUCGUCUGCAACAACACUAUUAUAUGCUUCACGUGCGCAAUCAUUAUCGCGCCCGACGGCAGCGGCAUGAUAGAUCCGAGAUUUUCUCAGAUCCUCUCGGGAGGAAACAUGUGCGCGUUGACAAGCCUGCUGUCCACCUGUCCGGGCACAACCGUCACCCCGAUCACGGAUCUGCUGGGCCCGUUGAAGAACGAGGGAACUCCGCAGGCUUGUUACUGCGUGAAAACCUGGCUGUGUUCCGAGGGAAGCGCCGUCAGUCCCGACGGUCAGGGCGUAAUCGAUCCGAGAUUCACGGGAUGCUCGUCGGCGGACGAAGUGUGCUGUCAGCUCGCGGGGAUCAAUCUUCAGGGUCUUCGCAGCGCCGGUACUUCCACUCCCAAUAGUCCCAUGGUGAGCGGACGAUCCGAUUUCUCUUCCGAGAUCACUUGCGGUCUGCAGAACAACACUUACGCACCGCCGCAACCUUAUCCCGCCGAAUCCGGAAAAACUUACUUCGCCGAAUUUCCCUGGAUGGUCGCGCUUCUUCUGAAGCCCGCGAACGGCAGUUCUUACGUUUUCAAUUGUGGCGCUUCGAUGAUCAGCAGCGGGGCCGUUCUCACCGCCGCACAUUGCGUUGCAAAUCAAAAACCGGGGGACUUGGUUGCGCGUUUCGGCCAGUGGAACAUAGAGAACAACACUCAACCGCUACCUACUCGAGAUGCGAACAUCAUCGAGAUAGUCACGCAUCCAGUGUACAACAGCGGCGGAUUGUUUCACGACGUGGCUGUUCUCGUUCUGGAGAAAUCAAUUGCUUACAGCGCGAACAUCAUGCCGAUUUGUCUUCCCGAGCAGGGUAUGGUCUUUCCGGCAGGAACCAGAUGCUACGGCAUAGGAUGGGGAAGCGAUUCGUUCGGACCGGAAGGAAAGUAUCAAGCCGAACUUCGCAAGGUCGAUCUUCCUAUUGUCGAGCAAACGGACUGUCAGACGCGUUUGCGAAACACCAAGCUAGGCCCGUAUUUUCAACUGCACGGAUCGUUUAUUUGUGCGGGAGGCGAAGCGAAUAGAGAUACGUGUCGUGGCGACGGAGGUGGACCUCUGGUUUGUCGAGCCACCACGGGACAAUUUUUGCAGGCUGGCGUUGUAUCCUGGGGCAUUGGUUGCGGAGCCUCUAACGUUCCUGCGGUAUACGCUAGCGUUUCGCAACAUCGUCAAUGGAUAGAUCGGCAACUCGCAACUUACGGUGUUCAGUGA